AAAGUGCAGAGAAAAUCCCUGAUCUGGCCUUUCUAGUAAUGAACUUUAUCUGUAGCUGCCACCACACCCAGCACGGAACGGAACGAGUUCACGAGGGUCGGCCUGUUGAUUAAAGCACGGUCAGCAGAUUCCCCGCAGCCCUCCGCUGUAGUUGGUUUUUAACCCACAUUUGGGCUCUAUUCAGAGACAGAACUAGACUUAGAUCAGUCUUCUCGUUUGUGUUGAGGUCUUGUUUACACUCCGUCCAGCUCACAGGGUUUCUCAUGUCUGUCUUUAUGGAUUGAUAGGUGAUCUUUUUAUGAGGGUUUUUUAAAGGAGGUUAAUGAGACUCAUAAAUGCAGACUUUAACCCUCCAGGCUGUCCUUCAAUGUGUAACUGUGACAGGUAGAAAUAGCAGGUGGAGCCUGGCCCGGCUCAGCUUACUGUAGGAUCCAGUCAGCCCGGGUCAGCAUGGCCUCCCCAAAAACAGACGCAGCCAUGUCUCCAAAGAUCACGGGGGAGCUGCUGCGGCUGCUCCGGAACGCCAUGAGGAAUUGUAAAUAUGUGUCAGAGCCCAUUCAGGCCUACAUAAUCCCUUCUGGAGACGCACAUCAGAGUGAAUACAUUGCCCCCUGUGACUGCAGGCGUGAGUUCAUCAGUGGAUUCAACGGCUCUGCUGGGACGGCCAUCGUCACAGAACAGCACGCCGCCAUGUGGACUGACGGGAGAUAUUUCCUCCAGGCCAGUCAGCAGAUGGACAACAACUGGACUCUCAUGAAGAUGGGACUAAAGGAGACCCCCUCCCAGGAGGACUGGCUGAUCAGCGUUUUGCCUGAAAACUCCAAAGUGGGAGUGGAUCCUUGGAUCAUCGCUGCUGACCAGUGGAAGCACAUGUCCAAGGCGCUGAGCAGUGCCGGCCACUCUCUGGUCGCGGUGCAGGAUAAUCUGAUCGAUGUAGUCUGGACAGACCGGCCUGAAAGGGCCAGCUCACAGCUACGCAUCCUGGGAUUGGAGCAUGCAGGUGUUUCUUGGCAGGAUAAGGUCACGGCGCUGCGAGGCAAGAUGGCGGAGAGAAAAAUCAACUGGUUUGUUGCUACAGCACUCGAUGAGAUUGCAUGGCUUUUCAACCUCCGUGGUGCUGACAUCGAGUACAACCCAGUUUUCUUUGCUUAUACCAUUCUUGGGAUGAACUCAAUAAGGCUGUUUGUGGACUUGAAGCGACUUUCAGACCCGGCACUGCGAGACCACCUGCAGCUGGACUCGCCCAGCAAGGCCGACAUGAGCAUCCAGACCUUCCCGUAUGAAUCCGUCUACACCGAGCUGCAGGCCAUCUGUGCUGCUCUUGGCCCCAAGGACAAAGUGUGGAUCUGUGACAAGGCCAGCUGUUGCCUCACACAGGUCAUCGCUAAGCCCCACAGAACUCCAAUUCCUUACACUCCACUCUGCCUGGCCAAGGCGGUGAAAAACCCAACGGAGAUCCAAGGCAUGAAGCUGGCCCAUAUCAAGGAUGCAGUCGCUCUUUGUGAACUCUUUGCUUGGUUGGAAAAGGAGAUACCUAAAGGCACAGUGACCGAAAUCUCUGCUGCUGAUAAGGCUGAAGAGUUACGCAGUCAGCAGAAAGACUUUGUCGGUCUCAGUUUCCCCACAAUCUCUGGCGUGGGCCCAAAUGCAGCCAUCAUACACUACGGACCUCUUCCUGAGACCAACAGAACCCUGACGGUGAAUGAGGUUUACCUGAUCGACUCUGGAGCUCAGUACAUAGACGGAACAACAGAUGUGACGCGUACCAUGCACUUCGGGACUCCUUCUGCUUAUGAAAAGGAAUGUUUCACGUAUGUGCUGAAGGGACACAUAGCUGUCAGUGCUGCCAUCUUUCCCAAUGGAACUAAAGGCCACCUCCUGGACUCAUUCGCCCGUGCUGCUCUGUGGGAGUCUGGACUGGACUAUCUUCAUGGUACAGGUCAUGGCGUGGGCUGCUUUCUCAACGUGCACGAGGGUCCCUGCGGCAUCAGCUACAAAACCUUCGCCGAUGAACCUCUGGAGGCCGGCAUGAUUGUCAGUGAUGAACCCGGAUACUAUGAGGAGGGAUCGUUUGGGAUUCGGGUUGAAAAUGUGGUCCUUGUUGUACCAGCCAAGCCCAAAUACAACUACAGAAACAGGGGAAGCCUGACGUUUGAGCCUCUCACUUUGGUCCCCAUUCAAGUCAAAAUGAUGAGCACAGAGCUUCUCACUCAGAGGGAGCGGGAUUGGGUGAACGAAUACCACCGGAAGUGCAGGGAGGUGGUGGGGGCGGAGCUGGAGAGGCAGGGCAGAAAGCAGGCGCUGGAGUGGCUGAUCCGAGAGACUCAGCCCAUCGUUUGAGCUCCGUCCUCCUGGGAGGAGCAGCUGAUGGCGCUGCAGCGAUAAUCAUUUGUAUCUUUCUCUGUGUCUCACAUUCAGCUUCUUUUUGUAAAGCGCAUUGCAUCAGCGGUUUUAUUAAAGAUUGUUCAGUCAAACAC